AUGGAAGAUGGCGCUAAAGGUCCACACAACGGGGGGCAGCAGAGGACCCACCACAGACCCUUCUUCUACGUGCAGCCUCCGUCGCAGCCUCAGCCCUACUACAUGUACCAGCACUGGCAGAUGAACAACCCCUAUGGCCACUACGCUCUGCCCGGAGGUUAUAACAUGGGCCGCCAGUGCCUGAGCCCGUACCAGUACAUGCAGUAUCCAGGCUUCAUGUACCCUCAGGCGCCUCUGUACCCCAUGGACUUCCGCCGCAUGUUCGACCCUCGCUUCCCCUGUCCUCCCUGGGACGGCUCCUCCAGACACCAGCCCUCUCCUCCUCCACAACCACCAGGUUUCAGAGAAACCGCCUGCUCCGAAGCCCAAACCGACCCCAGCGACGCCAUUGCAAAGCUCAUCGAGUGUCUGGACAAGAUGCAGGCGAGCGAAGGUCGAGGCGCCGAGGGGCGGGAGCUGGACUCGGGCGUGGCCUCGCAGUCGUCCACCAUGUUUUCGCCGACAGAAGAGAAGAACACUGUUCAAAAGUUGCAGAAAAACCAAAGCUACUUAGAGACUCCGGCGUCCACCUUUUCCACGAUGGCGGGUUACGACGGCGACUUGAGCCAUCGGAGUCUGGAGCGCUGGGCCGAGGAGAUGCCUCUGGACAGUUCGUCUGUGCAGGAGGAGGCCGGCGAGCGGGCACAGGAGCAGGUUGUACCAGUCGAACCGCCGGCCACGGGUGUUCCGACAGAUGGCGGCGCGCCUGACGAGCAGAGUGUGCCCUGUGAUGGCGCUGUGGAAGGCCGGGCCCCGGCGGAGGAGCUGGACGUAGAUGUGAGUUUCCAGAUCUUAAAACUGCCGUUUGAGCUGCCGUCGGAGUCUCCGUAUUACAACUACCUGUCCACACACGAGCGCCUGAGCGUGCUGAGCCCGUCCCUGGACGAGCUGUCCUCCAGAGACGAGAUGUUUUCCACAGACCUGGACGAGGUGGAGCUGCUGCCCAGACAUGUGUACGCAGGGGGUCGGCGGCUGGGGGCCGACGUGGUCUGCAGGGGAGAGGCCGACAAGACCUGGACCGUUGGGUCCAAGAGGUUUGUGUGCGCCUGCUGCGGAAAGGGCCUGCCCAACGGAGCGCGCAGCAAAGGACACUGCACCAAGGUGUACCUGGACGAAGGGGCCGACUCUGACGACGACGACGACGACGGCGGUGGCGGGUUUGUGCGAGGGUGUGACCAGCCCAUUCGGGUUGUGGUCCGGAAACACAACGGAUCCAGGAAGACCCCGUCCCUGCCCCACAGACUUACAAAGUCCUGGUCCAGACGAGGUCCAGGCAGAGACCAGGCUGAACCAGGCCGAGGGCCAAAUCCAGAGACGGAAGCCCAGGAGGAGGGGAGCACAGAGGGGACCGAUCACGGAGCCUGCCUCGAGCGCGUGUGCAGAGAGGAGCCGAGCAGGAGGUCGGAGGCUGCAGUGAGGAGGAGGACCACAGCCGCCCACAGACUAGAGCUCCAGAGGAACCUGCAGCGAUCGAGGGACGAAGACCCGCUGCCCUGGGACCGAGGUGCGGCCCCCAGAGACCCGCCGUGCUGA